AUGUGGAGGAAGGUUAAAUCUGGCUUUGCGGCGUUCACCGCCACCGCCAGCGACACCUUCGGCUGCACGAGCAACAACGGCAACGCCAUCGAUGACGAUGACGACAACAACUACGUGGCGGACCGCAGCGACAACGGCUCGUCGUCGCAGCCGGGCUUCGUCGAAGUCGACCUUCUCCGCAGCGACCUCAACCACCAGCGCAAGUUCCCUGACAAUUCAAUUCGGACAGCCAAGUACACCCUGGCCUCGGGCCUGCCGCUAAGUCUGCUAUACCAGUUUUAUAAAAUCUCGAACUUUUACUUCCUGCUGGUUAUGGUCAUCACGCUGGUGCCUGGUGCAAGUCCUAUUAACCCCUUCAGCAGCGUCGUGCCGCUCUGCAUCGUGCUCGGCGCUGGGAUUAUCAAGGACCUGUGGGAGGACUGGAAGCGCCGCAAGGCGGAUCAGCAGGCCAAUGAAAUGAUCGUCCACGUCUUGCGGGUGCCGGUGCAAGCGGAAGGGUCCGGUCGCCCCGCUCGUAGCGGAUCGCAGGCAGACCGAUCGCCAAAGCCAGCCACGUCCCCGCCGGGCGCGGAGGCGGGUCACGCAGAGGGCAGCGUCGAACCGCUCCUGCGCGGCGACACGGCCGCGACGAAGCACAACACGACGAACAUCAUGACGAGCGACAGUGAGGAGCGCCACAGCAGCAACGGCGCCGAGGACGCGUCGGGCAACGGUCACGGACGAAAGCGUGUCGUGCGCUUCCUCUUUCCUGCUGAUAAGACGCAUCCACGGGGCGGUGGCGGCGGGACCGAGAUGGCCUCGCUCGACAAAAGCCCUCGGGCGAGUCCUGCGGCUCCGCCGCGGCGGAUAGGCGAUGGCGACGGUGGUGGUGUCGUCCCUCCUGCGCCGGCUCGGUCCGCCUUGUUGAAGCCUCUAGCGCAAAACGACGAAGCGAACAGCGCCGCCACGUCGCAGGCGGAUGCCGCCACGGCGGCGACGACGGAUGCGGCCACGAGCACAUCGCAGGAGCCGAACGUCACCUUCCAGCCCAUUCGCAGCUGCGACGUCUACCCAGGCGACGUCGUCCUCUUCCGUCUCGGCGAGGAGGUGCGGGCGGACUGCCUGCUCCUCAACACCUCCCUUCCCGACGGCCUCACCUACAUCGAGACGGCAAACCUCGACGGCGAGACGAGCGCCAAGACGCGUCGCGCCAAGAUGCAGACGGUGGAGGCGUUGGGGACGGUGGAGGACAUCAUCGAGCGCGCCCUCGGCGUGCCGGCGUCGAGCCCGGCGGCGGUCUUUGCGAAGAUGAACGGCGAGGAUCCGGCAAACGGCAGUGCCGGCGGCAGCGGGGAGCCGCUGUCGAAGGUCACGGUCGACUCCUGCGGCGGGGUCGCGGCGCACGUGGCGACGUCGCCAUCGCAGGAGGCGGACAAAGCGGUGGCGGCCACGGCGAAUGCGCAGGGCAGCAUGGUCGGGUCGGGGCCAGAGGGUGACACGUGUGCGCGGCACUCCACGCCGCAGCGCCCACCCAAGACGGCGGCGGCGGCGGAAGAAGAGAGACGACGGCUGCUCAGCCGUAGCCCGGAGAAGGGCACCCGCGACGGCGAAGACUCGCACGUCUUCAUCACACCGCACCUGGAGCCGGAGGAGCGGGAGGCUGCCGAGGCGGGUAAUGGUCCGCUUCCCGGCCAGACGGACGUCCCGCAUCUGCAACAUCGGCGCUUUUCUGACUCGUUACGGCAGCAGCAGUCCGGCAGCUCUUAUCGUCGACCAGCGCUGUCGCUAAUCACGAGCGGCACCGACCUUGCCAUCCCCGCCGAGUCGGAGCCGUUCUUCGGCCAGGGCAGCGUGUCCCUCCUCGGCCUCUCCGCCGACCACACGCUGGACCACUUGCGCCACCAGCGCCACAUGACGCUGGACGAGCGGUUGGUGGAGGAAGGAACUAUCCCGAUGCCGCAGCACGUGCGAGAACUCUCGGCGCAGUACGAGCGGGCGCACAGCCGCACCAACAGCCUCAACUCCCACCUUCUGUCCUCCACGCGCUUGCGCCAUGCGGAAGCGAGCGGGGUGGAUGAGGUGGCUGCGCCUAUGGUUGCGGACGGCGCCGGUGGGCAGCCCCGACACCUCCUCAGCAGCCUGCGCCAGAGAAGCAGCGUGCGGAGGCGCAGCAGCGGCGGCAACCUCAUCGCGGAGCGCACGCCGAGUGCGUUGGAACGCAGCAGAGCUGCCAACUCGGCCUUGGCGACAGUGCCGACUUCGGCCAUGGUCAGUGGCUGCGUGACACCAGCAGAAAGCUGCAUCGUCAACGACUCGGCGGAGGCGGAACAGCAGGAACAGCCGGCCUUUGGUGUGGUCCUCGUGUCCUGCGCGCCCACGCCGGACCUCUCGACGUGGUUCGGGCAGCUGCGGAUGCCGAUGGGGGAGAUGGUCCCCCUCGGCAUCGACCAGUUCAUCCCGCGUGGGUGCGUCAUCCGCAAUACGGACUGGGUGCUCGGCGCCGUCGUGUACACCGGGCGGCACACGAAGAUGCUUCUAAACCUGCGGCCGAAGCCGAACAAGAUCACCACCAUGACGCGGCGUCUCAACCAACUUAACGUGUUUCUCUUCGUGCUGAACCAGCUGCUGAUGUUCAUGCUGUGCGGGCUGGCGAUUUGGAAUAAGCACCACCUGCUGCGUCGGCCAUCGGGCGCCAAGACGGAGUUCGCGGCGUGGUACAUCCAGUGGAGCCUCAAUCGGUACUCGGACGCCGCGCUCUUCUGGUGGCGCUACCUGACGAACUUCGUCCUCCUCAGUUACCUCAUUCCCAUGUCCCUCUACGUCACCCUGGAGUUCAACAAGGCAAUGCAGAUGCUCAUGAUCGGCGCCGAUAAGCGCAUGGCCGUGUACGACGAGUUCACUGGCGCCAUCAAGAAGGCGCGCCCAAAGACGUCGGAGCUGAACUCGCAGCUAGGCCACGUGCGGUACAUCUUCACUGACAAAACAGGCACGCUGACGGAGAACCUGAUGACGUACGUGGGCGGCGUGGUGGACGGACACACGCAUAGCGAGACGGAGCAGCCCGGCGCCAUCGGUCGUGCGCUGCUCAGGCGACGUGCGGGGAGCGGUGGAAGCCGCGGCAACAACACCAGUAACACCACCAGCAACGUGUAUAAUCCGAAUGCUAGCGGGAGCGGCGCGGGGCCGGUACGCCGCGUCCUCUCCAUGAGCAGCUCCGGCGGCGAAGACACCUACCACCACGACCGUGGAGGGGUGCCGCCACAGCGUUCGCUGACGGCGGCGGCCGCGGGGGCAAAUCAAUCUACCAUUCCCGCCGACGGCGGAGAAGCGCCCAGCGCAACAGCAACUGAUACAGCAAAUGCAGCAGCAGCCGUAAGUGCCGGUGAGGGAAGGGCGGUGCAGCCGACUUCGAGUGGUGCCGUCCCGACCUCCGUCACCUAUCGCAUGCCACCCGCCCUCGCCAAUAUAAAGGCGCCACCCAUGGCACGGGCCUCCCCUCCUUCAUUGGCCGGGCUGACGCGUCCAAGCGGCAUCAGCAUCGGCAGCGGCGCUGGCGGCAGUGGUGGCGGUGGUGCCGUGCAGCAGCAGCUGGAGCACCCUCGCGUCAACUCCGUCGACGUACCUACACUUUUUGCCGACUAUGGAUCUGGCUCGCCGAUGCCGGCGGUCAGAGCUGCCGGCACGCCUGUCGUGCCGGCACACACUCGCGGCGGCAGCAGCGUGGGUCUGCUGCUGCCGUCCUCCUCGAAGAGCUACCACCACGGGGUGCCGAGCGGAAGCGCCUAUGCGUGGGGCAGCGGUACCUUCAGCGGCUUCGGCAGCUACAAUGGCGCGUACCUCAGCAUGACCGGCGGCAAUUUAAGCGGCGGUGGUGCAGGCGGUACUGGCGGGCUGAGCAAGGUGAGCGAGGCAGUGCUGGAGCGCGAUCCCCUCUUCCGCUACCUGCGCGCCCUGGCCCUGUGCCACUCCGUCGUGUGCUUUCCUAUACAUGGUCAGAGCAGUGUGUCCUCGGAAAGUGUCGACAACGAGUCCUUGAAUCGCACCGCAGAGGACGUGGAGGUGCCCGGUGACGCUCAGGACGAUGCCGCAGCGAAGCUCACGAAAGCGCAGCGGAAGCAGCGCCGACGCGAGCGGAAAGCGCAGCGCAAGGCCGAGAAGGCGGCGCGCAAACGCAUGAAGAAAGACAACAGAGAGGCAGGAGAUGCGGCGAGCCUUUCUCGGCCUCAUCACCACCACCACCGCACACGCGAGGAGAAGGAGGAGGAGGGGCAGACUGGACAGGAUGAGAAGGUCGCGAAGAAGUCUCCCCAGCAGGAACACCACGAGAAGAGCGCGCAGGCGCACCAUCACCGUGAGGCGGCGGGCCACGACACGGCAGAAGCGGCCGGCACGCACCUUUCAGCCAUCGCCAACACGCUUUCCUUGUCCACCAUCUCCGCCGCCAACUUUGUGGAGAUCCCGUACGCCGUCCCUGCUGGACCGGCGCGGGACGACUUCGAGCCCUUCCACCGCUCCACCACUGACGCCUCCGCCGGGGGUGGGAACGGCAGGGAGGAACCGCUGACGGCGGCCAGCUCGCUCUCCCUUACUGCGCGUGCCGCCAACGCACGCAGCGGCGCCGGUGGCAGCAGCACCUCCUUCCCCCCUACACCACCGCCGCCACCGCAACGGGCCGCGCAGCACACAGACGACUUCCCGCUCAGUCCGCGCGCCAUCAGCAAACUGCAUGGCCGCACCAGCAGCGCGAGCUGGUACCAAAACCGGUACCUCAGCCGCGUCAUGCACAGUCGGAACUUCAGUCAAAACUCUGCCCUUGGUCCCCAACGGCCUCGGGCGGUGAACAGCGGCAGCCCGAACUCCCUCGCUGGCGAGCGCAGCCGCGGCUUUCGCGACGGCGUCUCUUCGCCGUCGGCGGACGGCGGCGGGGCGGGACCGGGUGUCGGCGUUGGUGGUGGUGGCGGUGGUGAUCUCGAACAGUUCAUUGACCGCACAAAGAUCUACGAAGGUCAGUCCCUCGAUGAAAUCGCCCUCGUCAACGCCGCUCGCGAGAACGGCUUCUCUCUAUUUGAGCGCACCGCGAAGCAGAUGUACCUGAAGGCGCUGGGUCGGCUUAUGUGCUACGACAUCAUCGCCGAGCUCGAGUUCACGCCGCAGCGGAAGCUGAUGAGCAUCCUGCUGCAGCGGCGACCGGAUCUGGACACGGAGGGGGCCGCGACGUCGGCCGCCGCCGGCACCAGCGCGCACUACCACCGAAAGACGCAAGACAACAUCGUUGCGGAUGAGCAGGCGGCGGCCGAGGCGGCCUCGCUGCUGUUCAACUGCCGUGGCAACAUGAACACGAGCAGCGCUAAUAAUAACGCAUCGGCGAGCUUUCAAGCUGCGUUACAGCAACAUUCCUCCUCCCCGAACGCGACCUCACUCGCACGCGACGCGGCGCACUCCCCCUUCACGCCCGAUGCGUCCGUGCUGGAGACCUCGAUGAAUGACCCGAAGAGGGCGGACACGCGUCACCUCCCGUACGCCACGUCCUCGUCGUUCUCGACGGAGCUACUGCCCUCCAACGGCGCUGGUCAGCCCCCGCAACCGAAGCCCGUCUCCCAGCCGCCGCGUACGUUGCGGAGCCCGGAUAAGUCGGGUGCCGCCCUCCAGCACGCCACCAGCUCGAACGUCUUCACGCCCGACCCGCCGAUCCGACAGCAGUCGCAGAACUCGCCUAGCGAAGUCGCUGCCCUGUGCAACACCGCCGGCACAGGCGCCGCGGCCGCAUCGGACUCGCACAAGUUUCUUCUGUUGGUGAAGGGUGCGGAUAACAGCAUGAUGGAGAUUGUCAACAUGCAGAAGAAGGCGAAUGCGCGGGUGAAGGAGAAGAUGCUGGCGGAGCUGGACGCGAUGGCGCAGCUCGGGCUGCGCACCUUGGUGCUCGGUCAGCGGUACCUCAACGAGGAGGAAGUCCUGGCGUGGCUGCCCCUCUUCAACGAGGCGCAGUGCGCCAUGCACGACCGCAACGACAGGCUGCACCAGGCCUACGCUCUGCUGGAAAAGGACGUCGACAUCGUCGGCACCACCGCGGUGGAGGACAAGCUGCAGGACGAGGUUCCACAGACGCUGGAGUUCUGCAUUCAGGCGUCCAUUGUGGUGUGGAUGUUGACGGGCGACAAGCGCGAGACGGCCGUGACGAUCGCGCACACGAGCGGCCUCGUCAGCCCCGACUACGCCGAGUACGUCUGCCACCUAGACGUGUCGGACAUCAUGGAGGAGGAGAAGCUGUUGAAGCAGCAGAAGCAGUACGAGGAGCAGGCUCGCGCGAAGAAGGCAAACGGCGAGCAAGAGGAGGGGGGUGAGAGCAGCGAGGAGGAAGAAGGCGUCUCCGUUUCGAACUCCCGCAUGUCAGCGCUGGCCUCUCCCCCCUUUAACACUACGACCCACAACGCGUCCGGCUCGAUAGAGGUGAGCUCCGCGACGCAGCCGCUGCCCCUGCUAUCGUCCGGUGCCCGCUCACCUGGUCCGCAGAGCGCGCGCACCGCGGCCGGGGAGGCGGAUGGCGGUGUCCUGCGCAAGUCUGACCCGGCGGCGACGACGAACACGGCUGCGAGUGCGCACGCUCUGCAAACAGACGAGGCUUUUCUAGCGCGCAAGGUCGCCCGCAUUGAGGCGCAGCUGGCGGCCGCCGAGGCGAAGUGCGAUGACAGCGAUGAGGUCUUCAACACACACGCCGUCGUCGUCGUGGUGGACGGCAAAACCCUCGACUUCAUCUUCGCCGACAACGCCCGUGCGCACCGUUUCUUUUUACUCGGCAGCCGUUGCCGCAGUGCGGUGUGUUGCCGCAUGACGCCGCUGCAGAAAGCCAAAAUCGUGCGCAUGUUCAAGCGCAACAUGAACGCCGUGGCGCUCGCCAUUGGCGACGGCGCGAACGAUGUCUCGAUGAUACAGGAGAGCAGUAUUGGGGUCGGCAUCAUGGGGCUGGAGGGGUCGCAGGCGGAGCUGGCAAGCGACUACGCCAUUCCUAAGUUUCGCUUCCUGAAGCGGCUCCUCUUCGUCCACGGCCGCUUCUCCGUCCUUCGUGAGGCGCACUGCAUCGUCUACUCGCUAUACAAGAACGUCAUUGUGACGGUGGGCAUGAUCGCCUAUCAGUUCUACUCGUGCUACUCUGGAAUCUCCCUGAUGGACUCGUGGCUGCUGGCGAUGUUCAGCAUCUUCUUCUGCUCCCUGCAGCCCCUCAUGAUUGGUAUUCUGGACAAGGACGUCGAGGAUGAACUGGCAGAGUCGCUCCCGACGCUGUACCCACCGCUGUCACGCGAGUUCAUGUACUUUUCCUUCCCCUACAUCGCGAAGUGGCUCUUCGAUGGCAUGAUCGAAGGGCUUGCCUUCUUUUUUGUGCUCAUGUACACGGUGGGGGUUCAGGACAACCUCUACCCACACAUGUCCCCCGCCCUCGAGGACUAUGGCAUGACCUUCUUCACCAUGCUGGUCCUUGUGGCCGACUUCCGGGCUGGCACGCUCGUCUCGUACUACAUGAUUCUCUUCGCCCUCGCCAUCUCGCUGGAGAUCAUCGCCGUCCCGGUCAUCGAGCUCAUCUACUCCGCCAUGAACAACUUAGCAGGCAGCAACUGGUGUGUGAAGAUGGCGAACGAGCUGUACGGCACCUCCGGCAAGUUCUGGUUGAUGCUGUUCUUCGCCUGUGGGGUGCUGGUGGUGAUCACCAUGGCGUCGAACAUGUACAUCCAACUGUUCUAUCCGUGGCAGAACGCCGGCUUCGCCAUGCGGGCGGCUCGUCAGUCCAGUCACCGUGUCCCCUAUGUGCACCUGAAGCGGGAGCUGAAGGAAGAGUACGCGCAGCUGCUGGCUCGUUACGAGGCGCUGCGUCAGAAGCAGGAGCAGCAGGGGAUGGGAGACGAAGAGGAAGAGGAGGGGGGGAGCUGA